AUGGCGGUGGCAGGGGGAGGCGGCGGCUCCUGUUCCCGCUCCCCGGAGCGGCGGCGGCACGACCCGCUGUCGCGCUUCACCUGCCCCGUGUGCCUGGAGGUGUACGAGAGCCCGGUGCGCGUGCCCUGCGGACACGUCUUUUGCACUCCGUGCCUGCAGGAAUGUCUUAAGCCGAAAAAGCCAGUUUGUGGUGUCUGCCGCAGUACUCUGUCGCCUGGUAGCAGAGCUCUGGACUUGGAAAAGCAAAUUGAAAUGACAGAAACCACUUGCAAUGGCUGCAAUAAAAAAAUGUAUCUCUCAAAGAUGCGUAGCCAUGCAGCUGCUUGUUCAAAGUACCAGAAUUAUAUAAUGGAAGGUGUGAAAGCUGUAACUAAAGAACCACUUCAUAACACCAGGAACUUCCCAAAUCGCUUUACCUUUCCUUGUCCGUAUUGCAGCGAGAAAAACUUUGAUCAAGAAGGACUAGUUGAACACUGCAAAACAUUGCACAGCAUGGAUGCAAAACAAGUGGUUUGCCCAAUUUGUGCCUCAAUGCCAUGGGGAGAUCCAAAUUACAGGAGUGCUAACUUCAUGGAGCACCUUCAAAGACGACAUCGCUUUUCGUAUGAUACUUUUGUGGAUUAUGACGCUGAUGAAGAUGAUAUGAUGGCACAAGUUUUGAUGCGUUCUUUGCGGGAUAAAUGAACCAACUAGAAGAUUAACUUUAAAACCAAGCUUCCAUGAGGGGGAAAUGCCCAGCAUCCUCGCACUUCUCCCUGUACAUCCCAAGGUGAUCUCAGGCAUCCAGAAAUACGGAAGACUUUAAUCCCUAUCUCAGUUUCAAAUCCUGGUUUGAUAUUUCUGUACCACUCAGUCUUUUGUUAACAUGGUCUGUGCCAUUCAACCCUGUCAGCCUAAUUUUCUUACUUGGUUCACACAAAGCUUAAUUGUAGAUCAACAUGGAGGAGACAAAUCUGUUUACCUAUGCAUAUUUCUUGGUUUCUUUUGCAGUUGUGUUCAUUUGACUGUCUAAAACCAAAAACAUUCUAAAUGGAAUGGCCUGAACUAGUUAAUAAAUAUCCCUUCCCAAUCUCAUUUACAUAUCUUACAUGAUAGUAUGAGAGGUGUAUUUGUAGCUCUCUUUUCCUUUAGUGAGACCUCUAGGUGCUAACUGUAAUUGUCAGACCAGCUCUCAUCUAAAGUGACCUAUGAUACCUGUGAUUUCAUAAUGUUUCCCAGUGUUUAAAUUCUUACAGGCAGCCUAUCAACUAUAUGGAAAACAUGUCUUCAGUAUGAGUCUUCAAACUACAAACUUUCUUAGCAAAUCUUUGCACCUGUGUAAGCAACUAGUUCAAAAUAUUUUAGUUCUAUGCAUGAUUAAUUACUUUCUUCCAUACUUUGACCAUAAUUUCUAGCCUGGAAAAUAGACUUUAAUGUUGGUCUUAGUUAAAAUGCAUCAUUUUUAACUGUCUUAGCAAAUAUUAAUCAUAUUUGCUGGCUUUAUGAUUAAAUUGGUGGUUUUGAAACUGGUUUUCUAGUGAUUUUAAGCCUUAUGCUCAUAGGGGAAUUCAGAAGGUUUUUUCAAUACCUCUGCUUUCUAUUUAAGCUAAAAUUUUUGUAUAUAUUCCUAGUUUUUCCAUCUCUCAAGGCAAGCUGGUAGCAAAACUUACCAAUAAAUCAUAGCACUUGCAUAGCACUACCUUUCUGCAGUACAGAUUUGAACAGGCAUUUUGAAUUUCCGUUCUUCAUUUAAAUGUUGCUAAAGUAGCUGAAGUUGUACUUAGAUUGUUUUCCAUAUAAUAUGUAUAGUAUGCAGGUACAGCUUUCCAAGCAAAAGUAAAAUAUAACCCAGAAAGCAGGAUGACAAUUCCAGUACAUGGUAAAUAGAUACUCUAAAGUCUACACUUUUACUAUAGAGAUUCCUUUGUAGUUUAACAUUUUCAUUAACUGUACAGUCAAGAUGCUGAGAUCUAACGAUCUAAGACAUCUGACCAGAACUUGUAAAUCACAGUAGUGAUGAGAUGUCUAGUCUAACUUAAGCAUGUUUAAUUGGAGCAGUGGACCUGCACCACCACAGAACUGAGUACUAAUUAAUUUAUUUGACCAGUAAACUUAGUAUCAUUGCACUCUGCAGACUGCAGCAUAGCCUUACCCUUAAAACAAUGAAACGCACCCCAGCUAAAACCUCUUGAUUAAACUUUGUGUCCAGCCAGACCUCUAACAUACUUAAGUUGAACUUGGUUUUAGUAUGUUUUCCACAACUUGGUAUGGGCUAUUACAGACUUAAGUAUCUGCUUGGUGACUGGAAGCUCAGUCUUGGGGCGGGGGGGAAAUCUCAUGGUA